GUGUCUACAAGAAUAUAUUUGAUGACCGCAAAUAUGUAGAGACAUACUUCAUGGAGGUCUGUACCUGUGAAGGAUGAGUAAUUUCUAGUGUAACAGUUUCAUGCUUAAACACUUUCCUUUCUUUUUGGUUCAGGACAUUGAGAAGGAGCUUGGAUUGACCAGAGAAAAAUUAAUCCGCAUGGCUUUGCUUCUGGGAAGUGAUUAUACUGAGGGUGUUAGUGGAAUUGGAAUUGUAAAUGCUAUUGAGGUUGUAAAUGCAUUCCCUGAGGAAGAUGGCCUUCUGAAAUUCCGGCAGUGGGUUGAGUCACCUGAUCCCACCAUCUUUGGAAGGUUUUGA